UUCCUAUUGUCCUUCCUUUUCCCUUGUUUCUUUUCUUCCUUUGUUCUCCUUUUACUGGGUGUCCUUCCUUCUAACACAGGAGAAUUAGGACCUGGUUAUCAGAGAAGGGGAAGGAAGAUGACGAUAGCUGCAGGGAUCGGAUACGCUUUGCUAGCCUUAGGACCUUCUCUUUCACUAUUCGUCUCUGUUAUCUCCAAAAAGCCUUUCUUAAUCCUCACCGUCCUCUCCAGCACAUUGUUAUGGCUUAUAAGUCUGAUUGUGCUAUCUGGAGUAUGGAGGGUUUUUCUUCCUCUGAAAUCAAAAACAUGGUGGCCAUAUGCGUUACUUAUAGUUACUUCGGUCUGUUUCCAAGAAGGGCUUCGGAUUCUCUUUUGGAAAGUUUACAGGCGGUUGGAAGAUAUAUUGGAUUCUUUUGCUGAUAGGGUCUCAAAACCACGCUUAUUCCUGACGGAUAAAAUGCUAAUUGCUCUAGCUGGUGGUUUGGGUCAUGCUGUAGCUCAUGCUGUCUUCUUUUGUCUUAGCCUCUUAACACCUGCAUUUGGCCCAGCAACAUUCUUCAUUGAUAGUUGUUCACAGAUGCCAUUUUUUCUUGUUUCUGCUAUUAUUGCCCUUGCAUUUGUUACGAUUCACACUUUCUCAAUGGUCAUUGCAUUUAAUGGAUAUGCAGAAGGGAAUAAAGUGGACCAAUUUUUUGUCCCUGUAGUUCAUCUGGUUGCAGGAUUGGUGACAUUGGUCAAUUUAGCGUCCGGAGGUUGCGUCGUCGGAAUUCCUCUUCUCUAUCUUUUGGCAAUAUUGACCUUGUUGCAUUGUGGGAAAAUGACAUGGAGAAGAUUAGCAGAAAAUCAAAGCAUACGGAAUAACUUACAGUAGAUAGAUUUUUGUAAAGUCUCAUCCUUUUUGCAGGACAUUUUGUGGUUUCCUUCUGUGGAAAUGUAUAUCAUUUUACUUGCUUACAGGCAAUUUCAUUGCAAGAAAAUUGUGUAAAAACAUGAUGCCUAUUUUGUUCUAAUUUAUGAAAAAUUAGGAAAUUACCUAUUCA